AUGUACCCAUCAAGGAACUGUUCAAACACGCCUGUGGUGGAUACAACCUCGGAGUUUGGCAGAGAGGUGUGUCCAAGACUGAAAAAGUACCGACCUUUCACUCCUCCCCCGCCCCGGGAACGUCUGAGCUACACGCGAUUUCAACUGGAGCUGUUGAACGGAAUAUAUGGCAGAGUACGUUAUCCAAACAGCACACAGAAACAGCUGAUUGCCAAACGGGUGGGCAUCACCAGGGAACAAGUCAAAAUCUGGUUCCAGAACAGAAGGAGGAAGGAUGUCGUUGGUACUGGCGGCAAAGAGAAAGGUCCGGACGACAGGGCAGCAGACGACGAGAAGGUGGACGAGAAGAGCAGCGAGGACGCGGAGAAACCCGAGGAAGCCAUGGAUACCUCGAAAGACAAAGACGACGACAAAAAUGAAAGCGAUUCGGAACAAGUGUUACCUCCCCUCGUCAUGAAAAGCGUGAUCGCUGAGUUGAUGAAAUUCGAAAAGGAUCCUCUGAAAAAUAAAAAGAAGAAAAAGAAACGACCUAGUAGGUCGAACCAAGCUGCUGCUAACGCCGCGGCAUCAGCAGCCGCUGCCGCAGCCAAGUUGGGUACCAGUGCACUGUUUCAGCAUUACGAUAUGGUGAACCCUCCAAACAAAGUGACGCCAAGCGCUUUUCUCAACACUGCGGGCAAUCGGUUUAACCAUUCCAAAAACACUUCAGCGUUCCACAAUCCAAGAACGGGUUUUCUGAAACCAGGACAAAUGAUGUUUGCGGCACAGCCUUCCUAUCUCGGAGCAUUUCCCGGCGGAACAAUGCCGAGCAGUGUCAGUGUUCUUCCAAAUGACUUUCUUCACCCACAGAAUGCCAUGAACUGUCCACCUUCCAACGUGCAUCAUCAGCAGUCUGGAACUCCGUCUAUGUACGAAAGUAUUCCUGUUCUUGCAGAUCUUCUCAGUUACAGAAGUGGUCUAGACCCUAAACAUACCAAAGAACAAACGUUACCUCAGUCAUCAUUGCCCCUUCAGUGUUCAAUGAUGUCUCCUGCACGGACUUCAGAAAACAGUUAUGUCGACAUUUCGGGUGGCCCGUGCGUACCCUCGGCACCCCUGGGAUUUAACAGAAUGUUCCCGUUCCCCUUCAUAGCGGACCCUCCGGUUAUGCUGUCUGCGAUACGUCAGCAGGAGCCGCACCGUCCACAACCGCACGUUCUACCUCCUCCCAGCAGUGAUGACACGUACCAACCCCUUGCCAUUUCAUCCCUCACUAAUCCUUACUUCAACCCCUCAUCAACGGCGUCAUGGCACAGCCCAGAAACACUCCACCCAAACACGUACACUCAGUUGUAGCACGAAUAAUCAAAAAAGGGUAUCUAAAAUCAGAAGCGAAUCUAUAGUCCGUCCCACGGGGAAGGCCUUUUUUCAUGCUAUGAAAAUAACUACAGAUUAUUUAUUUCUGAGCCGAUUGUUUUCUAAAUUGGCCACAAAAAUAGUUGG